UCCUAGCUAAUAAAUAUAUUAAUGUUUAGUUGAAGUAGUGUAUAUAUGUCUACUUUGAAAAGAUUGUAAAACUAAAUGAAAAACUAAUGGUACCAAAUAGUGUAAUAUAUUUGAAAACAUAAAAUAAAAUAAAAUAGAAGCAUUGGUUUUUUAGUUUUUAGUUUUUAGAUUAUUGUAUUACCAAAAAGACCUUUGUGUGUCAUCCUUUAAAUAAUAUACUAUUGUCACGAUCAUGACUAGAUGAUGCAUUAAAAUUGAAGCUAAGGAAGGAAACCUUUAUUUAUUUUCGAACUCACUUUGUCUUUGUCUUACAAAACUUCACAUUAUUAUUAACUUUAGUAUAUUCUCCCAAAAUCUUCUUCUUCAAAUUAAAUUCCAUCUCCCAAUAUGGGCGAUCUGGAGGAUUUCAUCCAAGCCCCGGAGCACCGCCCCAAACUCGCACUCUCCCAUGCUGAUGGAAUCCCCACCAUCGAUCUCUCUCCAAUCUUCAACUCACUACCCGGCAGCGAUUUCCCCCACGAUUUGGUCCACCAAAUUGCCUCUGCUUGCACGGAGUGGGGAUUCUUUCUGGUGGUUAACCACGGCGUCCCUCCCGAGAAGCGGCACCGUAUAGAGGCCGCUGCCCGGGAAUUUUUCGGCCAAAGUUUGGAAGAGAAGAGGAAAGUGAGGAGAAGCGAAGGGUUGGUGACGGGCUACUUUGAUUCGGAGCUGACCAAGAACGUCAGAGAUUGGAAGGAGGUGUUUGAUCUCGUGGUGGAGGAUCCCACAAUUGUUCCGGCGUCGCCCGAGUCUGAUGAUGAGGAGUUGACUCAGUGGACUAAUCAAUGGCCGGAAUACCCACCGGAAUUCAGGGAGAGUUGCAAGGAAUAUGUUGAAGAAUUAGAGAAACUUGGACACAAAUUGAUGGAACUACUCGCCCUUAGCUUGGGAUUGUCCGCAAAAAGGUUUCAACACUAUUUCAAACAGCAAACCAGUUUUUUGAGAAUCAAUCACUAUCCCCCCUGCCCAUCACCGGAGUUGACUCUCGGGGUUGGGCGCCACAAGGACCCCGGCGUCCUAACGGUGCUCGCCCAAGACGAUGUUGGAGGACUGGAAGUGAAAAGGAAGAGAGAUGGAGAGUGGAUACGGGUCAAACCCGUACCCGAUUCUUUCGUUGUGAAUAUUGGAGAGAUUACUCAGGUUUGGAGCAAUGAGAAGUAUGAGAGUGUGGAGCAUAGGGCUACUGUAAACAGCAAAAGGGAUAGAUAUUCCAUUGCUUUCUUCUUUUACCCAUCUCAUUCCACCAUUGUUGAACCUCUGGAAGAGCUUAUUGGUCCCCAAAACCCUCCCAAAUACAAACCUUACUCUUUUGGGAAGUUCCUCGCCAAUAGAAAACGCAGCAAUUUCAAGAAGCUUAAUGUUGACAACAUUCAAAUCUCUGAUUUCAAGAUCUCACCAGCUAACCCCAAUUAGCUUAAAUAUUUCCUUUCUUCAUGCUACUAUGUAUUACAUUUAGAGGGGUUUGUUUGGUAUAAGCUUGGUUAUUGAAAAUAUAAUUUGUUGAAUAAUGACACCAGAAGUAAUAAAUGUCAAGGUCUUGGGCAUUUGUAUAAUUUA